CUCCGGAGCGAGCCCAAACCCUCCCUACUGUAUCGAUGAAGUUGUUUCAAAGAUGGCGGAUUUCCUGCCGUCCCGGUCCGUUUUAUCUGUAUGUUUUCCUAACUGUCUCCUUACAAACAGUGAGGCAGAGCAGAUGAGGAAAUCUAAAGAAAUCGAUAAAGGUCUCAGUCGGGAUAAGACGUAUGUAAAACGGCUAGUGAAGAUUUUACUACUCGGAGCGGGCGAGAGCGGCAAGUCCACUUUCCUCAAGCAGAUGCGCAUCAUCCAUGGGCAAGACUUCGAUCAGAGGGCCAAAGAAGAGUUCAAAGGCACAAUAUUUAGCAAUGUUAUAAAAGGCGUGCGCGUUCUGGUGGACGCCCGGGAGAAGCUGUGCAUCCCGUGGGGCGAGCCGUCCAACCAGAAGCACGGGGAGACGGUGAUGGCGUUCGACACGCGCUCGGCCCAGGGCCAGGUGCAGGCCGACGUCUUCCUCAAGUACCUGCCCGCCAUCAGGUGCCUGUGGGCAGACACGGGCAUCCAGCACGCCUACGACCGCCGCCGCGAGUUCCAGCUGGGGGAGUCGGUGAAAUACUUCUUGGACAACCUGGAGAAGCUCGGCCAGUUGGACUAUCUUCCCAGCCAGCAGGAUAUUCUCCUGGCCCGUAAGCCCACCAAGGGCAUCCACGAGUACGACUUUGAGAUCAAGAACGUGCCCUUCAAGAUGGUGGAUGUGGGGGGGCAGCGCUCAGAGAGGCGGCGCUGGUUCGAGUGCUUCGACUCGGUCACGUCCAUCCUCUUCCUCGUCUCGUCCUCCGAGUACGACCAGGUGCUGAUGGAGGACCGGCAGACCAACCGCCUGAGCGAGUCUCUCAAUAUCUUCGAGACCAUCGUCAACAACCGCGUGUUCAGCAACGUGUCCAUCAUCCUCUUCCUCAACAAGACGGACCUGCUGGAGGACAAGGUGAAGAGCGUGCCCAUCAAGGACUAUUUCCCCGAGUUUGGCGGGGAGGCGCACAGCCUGGCCGACGUGCAGAGCUUCCUGGUGGACUGCUUCCGGAACAAGCGCCGGGAGCAGCAGCAGAAGCCGCUGUACCACCACUUCACCACGGCCAUCAACACGGAGAACAUUCGCCUGGUGUUCCGCGACGUCAAGGACACCAUUCUGCACGACAACCUUAAGCAGCUCAUGCUCCAGUGAAACGGCAGCGCAGUUUUUUUUGUUUUUGUUUCGGGUUGUUCGUUUUACGCGAGGAGAGAGAGUCGCCGGAACCUAGCUCCUCCCCCUCCUCUGUUCUCAACUGUCACUUUCGACCCCCCCCUCUCUGCCAUCCGUCGAGUGUAGAACUGCACCACCUAUCUUGCCUUUCACCAAACGUCUUUUAUUAUUAUUCAUUUGGAUUUGAUUUGUAUUUUUGUGUUUGUCUGCACGGCCAUCGUAGUCCUCACCUAAAACCACUGUAAAGCCGUGUGACACCUCUAAUCUCCUGUCUCAGAUGGAUUCUUUCUAGAACGUCCUGUACCGGUCCACUCUGUGAGCUCUGCCUGACAAACUCUGUAACUUCUAUCCGGGCUGCGGAGGUGUGUGUGUGGGAGGGGGGGGGGGGCGGGUCAAAGGCUGUCUCGUAGAGACUGAGGGCGGGGCGUGGUGGUCACCAAGGCAGAGUGGAGGUAGGAGGAAGGUGACGCGAUGGCGGGGGUUUACCGACCUGUGCUCUCCUCGCGGGCCUCGACGACUGCUAGCGUCAAUGCUUCCACCACCACCACCGUGAUGUGUCAUUACCACUGCAGGGCGAUGCCCACCACCCCUCUGCGUGGAAAUGAGGACUGUUCUAGAUGUUUCUGUGUGGAAAUGAGGACUGUUCUAGAUGUUUCUGGGGGCCUUUUCAAUUGGGGGGGCUUUUUUUCUGCACUGUACUAAUCUUUGAAUUAUUCCACUAUUGAGCCUUCUGUACCACUCUGCCUCCUCAUUGAAAAGGGCUAACUCUCACACACACACACACAGACACACACACACACGCCUGAUGCCCUCCUUAAGGUGAUUCCUGCCAGGUCGAGCUGUAGGUUUCCCGUUUCCUCACGUUUUCUUUUACUUCAACUGUAAUCUCGAGGUGGUUCUUUUACCUCUGGCCUUUUUUCGUUUUUAUUUCCCCCCCCCCCACACUCCCAUAAAGACACGUAUCUAUCUACACUUUGUCUCUUUAGUUGCUAGACUGCUGACGGGCAGUGCUAGGCAACGGAGGAAGUAGAGAGAUCACACACGGCACUUGCGCUUCAACCACAUGAAUAAGUAAUAAUAAUUUUUUAAAGAAAAUACACUGCAACUGUAGCUUUAGUGGAGGGAAUCUAAGCACAGUGUAUUUAGCGAAUUCUCAGGGCACGUUGUGGACCACUUAUUUGUGUAUUGGAUGCAAUGAUACUUGUGCCUAUGCCCUUUACAGAGACACUUUAACUUGGUCGUUCUCUCUCACACAGGCACACGCACACACACACACACACACAGAGAAUGGCUGGCAGAAUCUCUUCUGCUUCUCUCGUCUUUCCUUCUUUAGCUCCUCCCACUUUGGGCUCUCCUGUUUGCUUUAAGCUGCCUUGAGCUGCUCAGCUUAAACCUUCUCUUCCGUCUCUCCCACAGGGGAACGGAGGGACAUGGUGUGUUGUUGCCUUCACCCCCCCCCCCCCCCACACACACACACACACACACACACUCUCCUGUCCUUACCGAGAAAAUACGAACUUUUCAACAGAGUAAAAAGAAAAGAAAAUGUCUGGUUAGAAGGCGUGUAGGCUAACUUAAAGGUUUAACCAGACGUGUAGGCUAACUAGCGGGUUUUCUUCGACAUUUUCAUUUUUUUCAAGUGCUACCCUUUCUCUAAAGGUACAAGUUAUCCUCUCAGUCUCCGCCAGUUAUUCUCUAGCCGGGUCUGUGGCGACAAACAAAAGGGAUAGCGCCAGCUCGCGUAGUGAACCUUCGGAGAAACGGCUAAGCUUGCGCGGUGUGCCCGAAUGCCGGUGUUUGUUUAUAGACGUUUGUACAUCCCUGCGUCUCCUGGACGCUCCGUCUCUCUCAGUCUCUCUCUCUGUCUCUCUCUCAGUCUCUCUCUCUGUCUCUCUCUCAUGUAUAUGUAUAGUUAUGUAUCUCACACCACCUCACCAUGUUUCUAACCACGAUGUAACCCGUCUUACACAUGUAUUUGUAAGUAUGUAUGUAUCACUGACCCCUGGUGUUGUUUUUUUGUUUGUUUUUUACCGGUUUUUGGUGUGUUGUUGCUGGGGGGGUUGUGGAUGGGUGUAUAUUUACAGUGAAAUCGGCCUAAACAACAACAAAAAAUGUCCAGGCCGUGCUUUUAUUCUGUUAGUCCGUCUGUCUGUCGGCAUGUCUGUAAACAAAAGAGACUUGUAUGUUGUUGACACACACUCUGUCUGUCUCUUGUUGGGGCCUCUGGUAGCUCCAGGCACCCCCUCCUCAUGCUCCAAGUCGGCCCCAGCAGAGAGCUCUGUUGUCUGGGCUCAGACUGUCAUGCCUCAUCUUGGCUGGAGGCCCUGGGCUGGGCCGGGGGGGAAGAGAAAGGCCACCAUUGCAUCCUCUUCCCGUCUGCUCGACUGAUGUGACUGGUCCUAGUGUGUCACACACGCACGCACACCCCACCCGAGUCUGAGCAGGCCAAAUGGCCUUGUAAUGCUCUUUCGUUGUUGCUGAACGAACUCGUUUUUUGAAGCAUGAACACACACACACACACACACUCAUCCUAGGGCCUGUAGUGUCCCGCUGGAAGAACAUCUCCACAGAUCGUUGCUCCCGAAGAAGCCCGAACAGCCUUAACGGUAACGCUCGCGUCCUUCCAGACCGCUCAGAGCCGGCCGUCUUGAAAUGUCCGCCUGUUCUGGAUGCCGGGGCUAUCUCGCUCUCCGUCUCUCUCCAGGUUUGCCGCUCGCUCCAGCCACUUAUUCUCUGAAGCCCAGGGUCCUCUCUGGCCCCCCUGUGGUGAGGUGCUAUCCGUGUGCCAGCAACUCAGAACCACAUUUUCCUGACAAACCCAAAGGUUGGAGGCUCACUUUGCCAAUGUCGUAUAGCCAAGCCUGUUUUAGCCAACACACAGCCAUAACUAGUCUAAACGGAGACCUGCAUUUCAGUGUGUUUGAACACAAGUGUUUUUCAAAAAUAAUAAUUCAGGCAACGACUAACCUGUUAGCGAGAUGGUAUACUCUGCACUGUAACGGGAGAGCAGAGAUACUCAGAUACCAGAGGCCUUGUGUUUAAGAGGCCUCAAGCUCCCAAGUUUUAACACAAACUUUCGGUUUGGAAAAGAGUCGACUGGACAAGAUUGUUCUUGGUCUGAAGACUCUGCCUUAAACCUUUUGUGUUGUUAUUUUAUAACCGUUUUAAGUGUGUGUCCGGGUCUGUGGUUCUUGUUUUUCACACGCUGCUUCCUGGCCUGUUUGGUGAUCGAUCUCUCUGGGACGGCAGCACAAACCUUGAACAGAAUGUGUCUAGUUCAAAGGAUUCUGUAAACUAAGAGGUGGUGAAACUGUGUAGAGGGGGGUCAAAUGUGAGCGAGGUCACACAGGCCAGUGUUUUGUAGUGCCAUGCUCCGAUACUGCACCACUCCACGGCGAGACUUCAGAAAAUGUGUCAACGAGAAAUAA